CUGAUAGUGAAGAGCAGAUUGUUGUUUGGGAGCUGAGCUGUGUGACCGUUACACAUUAACUGAGAGAGCCACGGUUUAAAAGGACAACUUACAAGAACAUAAAUAUAUUUUUAACCCUGUGUAUUAAACCCUGAGUCGAGUUUAAUCUGCUGCAUCGAGCGACAAAGAGCCCGGAAACAUGAAAUGGAUGUUCAAAGAGGAUCACUCGUUGGAACAUCGAUGCAUAGAGUCAGCCAAAAUCCGCAACAAGUACCCUGACAGGGUCCCGGUGAUUGUGGAGAAAGUGUCUGGAUCACAGAUAGUGGACAUCGACAAGAGGAAGUACCUGGUGCCCUCUGACAUCACAGUGGCUCAGUUCAUGUGGAUCAUCAGGAAACGCAUCCAGCUGCCCUCAGAGAAGGCCAUCUUCCUGUUCGUGGACAAGACGGUGCCUCAGUCCAGCAUCACGAUGGGGCAGCUGUACGAGAAGGAGAAGGACGAGGACGGCUUUUUAUAUGUGGCUUACAGCGGGGAGAACACCUUUGGUUUUUAAACAACGAGAAGCCAUGAUCGUGACCGGCCUUACCUGCGCGACGCCCACCCACAUCUAAUCACAGCCCUCACUCGGCCCCUGGAGAACCCCGCGGGAAACCCCAGAGAGAUUUCAGAGACAUGAACGUACCAGAGAGACGGACCGAUGGCUCACCUGACUGGAUGAACAUAAAGGAGUGCACCAGUGUGUUUGUUCUGGCCCCGUGUUGCACCAGUUCUUUAAAGAUUCCUAGAUUGAGUUGUGUAUAGUGUGUUACAUUUCAAUUAUUUUGUGUUUGAUGUUGUGAUUCGAGUGUUUGUAGGAGGAACUUUUGAUUUUUUUUUUUGUUUUGUUUUCACAUUUUAAAUGCGUGAAUGAGUUUGCUUUUAGUUAUGCUUUCCUCUUUGAAGACAAUAUUUAAAAAGAACUUUUAAUUUAAAUAUUUGAAAUGAAAUUAGGAUGACCUAACCAAUAAAAAGAUUAAAAUUAAA